AUGAAAGCCGUUUUCGAUGAUCAUGAUCUAUAUUUCACAAAGAAUCGACCAGUAGCAUUUGCACAGAUUCAUUCUUUCAAUUCAUCAAAUUCGCUUCCUAUUUAUUAUGCUUACACGAAUAUUCCUUUUUUACCCGAUGUUCAUAUUGACGACGAUCUAGGGUUUGUCCCUCAUUUCUUGGCUUUUACAUACGAUUGGGACAUGUUAAAUCAGUGUCUGGAUAGUUUUUACGAAUCCAAAGUUGGUUGGCAGAAUGUAGUACUAGUAGACAAUUCACCUGGAAAACUAGCUGUAAAAAGACGAGAUUGGUUAGCUAGAAAAUAUGGUCAUAUGAUUAUCGCCAUCUUACCGACAUCGAGUUUGUUAUCUUUCUCACAUUUACAAAAUUUAUUCUUAGAUAUUGCUCAACAAUCAAAAUGUGAUUUCUAUUCUUGGUCACAUAUGGAUAUUAUGCUUUUGCCUCUUUCCGAAGACUGGGCAAUAGCGAAAGAAAACAUUAAUAAAACUGUAGGUGCAAAGUCGUCCGACGCCCAUCCUCAUACUGUCUAUACAAAGAUGUUGAAUUCUAUUCGUCAAGCCAAUAGGACGGAAAAUAACUGGAGUGUGAUAUUCUACCAUUAUGAUCUAGUAAUUGCUGUUCGCACUUCUGCCUAUAUAUCGAAUGGCCCAUUUGAUAUCUAUAUUCCACAAUACACAGCGGACUGUGAUUACUAUAGGAGACUAAAACUAAGCGGUUAUGUAUCAAUUAAUCAGCACAUUGUGCAUAUUUUUCACAUGCCAAAAGUUUUGAAAAAUGAACUCGUAGAAGAGCUAAAAACUUGUGCAUGGAAACGAGCAAAAGAAAUUUUACAUAUUAGCGCAGAUGAUGGUAGAGAUAUCAAUCGCACACAAUGGAGACGGAAUAACAUGAGGAUAGCGGAUCGAGAAGCUGAACCAUUAUUAUAUACUGCUGGCCUUACAUAUUAUCAAAAAAAAUGGAACACACGAAACUGUGGUCUUAAAAACAAUGAGCCAAAUUGGAAUUUGGACCCGAUAAUAACAUAA